UGCUAGUAUUUUCAGUCUAUCGCUUGUGAACGCAGUCCGGGCGGAAACUAAGAUAAAGACGCGACCUCACAGUAAUAUACAACCUCGUGUGUGUCUGAGCUGUGUUACUACAAAGUUCGGGCCUCCUUGAGCCGGUUUUACUUUGAAUCGCUUGCUCGACGUUUUUGCGAGAUUAGCGUGGGCCUAAGUCUAGGGUGUCCACUGUCUCUUCGAGCGAGCGGCGUCGCUAAAAGAGUGCUGAAUUAUUCAUUGGAAUAUUUAACCGUGUUUCGGGACUUCGUGCGUGACGUCACUUCGCCUACAAACUGGAAAAAAAAACUUGUAUAAUGUCGGAAAGAUUAGAGAAAUGACCCGUAUACAAACUGUUGUUUUUCACGAGCCGAAAUGUUUUGUUGGCAACGAAACCUGAAGCUUAUAAAGCGUAAUUAAAAAAAUCUAAAUACAACGAACACACCUAUUUUGAUUGCUCAUUAAAAUUACCUUAUUAUAGUUAUUAAUUUAAAAGUUGCCAUUGAUUUGGUGAGAAAAAAAAUAAUAAUUUUAAAAUAAAUUCUAAUAGUAAGAUUAGUGUAUAAUAAUGUUGCCAAAUUUUAAAAUAGAAUAUAGUGUUAACUGGAUUUAAAUGUGGAAGCUUUGUUAAUAUGCAAACAAAAUGAAAUCGGCUUUGAGACACAUCUUCUUGACCAUGGUCUCGACUGCGCUGGUUGCGGGUAGCGGGGAAUGGAGUGAAGAUGCCGAAGAUUUAGUGUCUACGGUCGAUGUGGAUGCAGUCCUAGGGCGCACUGCGUCCUUGCCCUGUGACGUCACGCCCGACGCCAACGAAGACCGCGUGUACAUGGUGCUCUGGUUCAGGAAAAGUGGAGGGAAACCUAUAUACAGCUUUGACGUACGGGGGCGUUCAUUCAACAAAGCUCUACAAUGGUCGGACCCUGGCGCUUUCGGACCACGAGCUUACUUCGCAACUGUCGCUCGACCGGCGGCCCUGACCUUGACCUCCGUGCAACUUGACGACGAAGGCGUAUACCGAUGCAGAGUAGACUUCAAGAAUUCACCCACAAGAAAUUUUCAAAUACGGCUGACUGUUAUCGUGCCUCCUCAUCAAAUGUUAUUAUAUGACAAGUCAGGAGCUGAUGUGUCUGGAGUCGUAGGACCUUUGGAAGAAGGUGCAGCAUUAGUUCUGAUCUGCGAAGUACGCGGAGGUCGUCCAGAGCCGCUUGUUUCUUGGUGGAUAAACGGCGUACCGGCUCCUCAAUACAUUGGUAUCAAAACCGAUACCCACGUGGUGGUGAACAGGCUCGAACACCAAAAUUUGAAACGAGAUGAUCUGAACACGACCUUCAAAUGUAGAGCUACAAAUACUAAUUUGGUUCCACCCCAAGAGAAAGUUGUAAGGCUGGAGUUGAAUCUGUCUCCGCUUUCCGUUUCUUUGCUGAACCGACCGCAGCAGUUGUUAGCCGGCUCAGCUGCGACCAUACGAUGCGUAUCCGAAGGCAGCCGACCUCCAGCACAGAUCUCAUGGUUUAAAGACAACAGGAGUUUUUCAAAAAACAUGAUAUCGGAUCACUCAAAUGAAACGUGGUCACUCAGUGCGUUAGUGUUCACUCCAGCGCCUACGGAUCACGGAACUACAAUCAAAUGCGUCGCAGCGAACCCUAGCCUACCUACUAAGACUAUUAACGAUCAGCUACUGCUUAAUGUUGUAUAUAGUCCCCUGGUGAUCCUGACUUUGGGCAGCACUCUCAACCCAGACGACAUCAAAGAAGGGGACGACGUUUACUUCGAGUGCAAUGUCCGAGCGAAUCCUCGGGAGCAUCGAAUAUCAUGGUACCACAAUGACAGGCCGGUGAUGCAGAAUAUGUCUUCGGGUAUCAUCGUGAGUACGCGGUCUCUGGUUCUGCAGAAGGUUACGAGAGGAGAAGCCGGCGCCUAUACUUGCAAAGCGGCUAAUUCUCGAGGCGAAACUUCUAGUCAAGCUGUGAAAUUGAGAGUGCAAUAUGCUCCGGUUUGCUCUGAACCAUCUCCUCAAGUAGUAGGGGCCGCAAUAGAUGAGGCUUUACAAGUUCGAUGCGCGGUCCACGCGGACCCUUCAGACGUAACUUUCUUAUGGCAAUUCAACAAUAGCGGAGAGAGUUUCGACGUUUCUCCAGCUAGAUAUGGUACAAUCAACAGCAGUGUAAGUGAGCUUCGGUACAGGCCAUCAAGUGAAAGGGAUUAUGGAGCUCUAACAUGCAGUGGUAUUAACACAGUAGGUCGGCAAACACAGCCCUGCGUUUUCCAAAUUGUUCCAGCUGCUCGCCCCUCACCUCCAAAGAAUUGCACAGUAACGUCUAGUAACAAUUCGACUUGGCUGGAAGACUCCAAAGAAGAAACGGAAGAUUUUCUGAUUGUGCGAUGUGUGACCGGCUAUGACGGCGGUCUUCCACAACUGGUUGUACUGGAAGCAGUUGAUUCUGACAGUGGAACUGUUAGAUUCAAUGUAACUGCCAAUGAAACAGAUGGAGUUGCCUUCUUCUCGGUGCCUUCAGGAGUUUUGUGGUCGAGUAGAAAUGCUUUAAGACUCACCGUACAUUCUAGGAACGAUAAAGGAUCCUCUGAACGUAUUUUGCUUCAAGCACUCACUUACCAAGGACCGGAAAGGAGAACAGAUGGAGUCAAUAACUUAGUAGCCGGAGUAUCUAAAACUGCGUUUUGGGCCAUAAUUGUUACAUCUGUGAUCACCGCCAGCGCACUGAUACUCAUCGUGUAUUUUUUGAGAAGAAAGAGGGAGAGACCGACAAUGAAACAAUCAUCAGAGCUUCAAAUCAACGCUGGAUCCGGUCAGUAUGUGGUAGCGUACACACUAAAACCUUCUAAACAAGCUCAACCUGAUAUCUUAAAUCCACCUUCUGAUGGGGGCACUCAAAUUGCUAAGGGCGUUGCAGGGACUGUCAAAAAUGGCACUCUACCCAUGAGUGACGAGUGGUCCGCCGGCGAAAGAGCCCAGUACGCGUCGUCGCCGAAAACGUCACUCUCAAGUAAGCCAGCUGCCUCUGGGACCACCACGCUCAGUAGGAGAGAGCAUCUCAUAGCUGAAGAGAUCCCAGGACCGGAGAGUUGCGUAUAAGCAUGUACCAGCGUUUGUAAUGUCACUGUGUUUACAGAACGAUUGGCGUUUUUUUUUUAUUGCUUAGACGGGUGGACGAGCUCACAGCGCACCUGGUGUUAAGUGGUUACUGGAGCCCAUAGACAUCCACAACGUAAAUAUGCCACCCACCUUGAGAUAAGUUCUAAGGUCUCAGUAUAGUUACAACGGCUGCCCCACCCUUCAAACCGAAACGCUUUACUGCUUCACGGCAGAAAUAGGCAGGGUGGUGGUACCCACCCGCGCGGACUGACAAGAGGUCCUACCACCAGUAAAAACUACUGUACUUUGAAACAGAAUCAUCAGAAUUCGUUGGAAUGAUAAGUCGCGAUCAUGUUUUAAUGAGUACACGUGUAGCACUGAGUGGCUUUUCCAUUUAUUCAAAGCCUUUUCUUAGGUACUACUAAAAUAUGUUCAUUUUGUACAUUCACAUAUCGCUUAUUCGCUCGAAUUGAAACUUUAUUUCUUGGUAUUUACUUCACCAGAGGAUGACCGAGCUUUGCUCGUUUUUUUUUGAUAACGCCAUCUUGUUGUGUCUUUAAAGCGGUUAGUUGCCCUCAAUUAAGAAAAAUAGUAUUAUUAUUCGCCAAUAGAUGUCAGGAAGAGUUGAUUAUUGAAAACACGAAUAAAACAACAUUUUCUGAAAAUAAAUCGUAGCUAGAUCGGUUUAUCGCCCCCGAAAUCCCCUGUAUACUAAAUUUUAUGAAAAUCGUUGGAGCCGUUUCCGAGAUUCAGAUUAUAUAUAUACAUAUAUACACAAGAAUUGCUCGUUUAAAGGUAUAAGAUACAAUCGGCUGUGAAAUAUCAAAACCCAGGAUCUGCAUAAAACUAAAUUUUAAAGGAGAGCCGAAAAACAAUUUCAUAUCUAUAACUGAUUUUUACUCAUUUUAUAGACAAAAAAACGCAUGACGUGCAAAGACUUUCUGACUUACUAAAGUUGCGCGGGAGCUAUGACGUUUAUUUCAGCCAUUUAAUUGACUUAGUAUCUGCAUUUUAAAUCCAAGUAACUACAAGCACCCGAGUAAAAAUGAAAUUAUAAUUUUUUGAUAAAAAAAAAUAUUUCAAGUCUAUCGCCGAACCACCGGUGCACGGUGUCCGCACCACAACGUUGCACCACCGCCAUUUGGCGGAAAAUUUCGCCGCACGCUUCGAAAGAAAUCUCUCAGCACCGCCGCACCACAGCCGAAGCAUAGCCGAACGUUUCGAAUUUUUUACGUUUACAUUUAAUAAACACUGGACGUAAAAAACGUUUACAUUCACACACACACAUAGGUAUGUAUAUGAGAAAGAUAUGUCACUGCUGUAGUGCAGCGGUGGUGCGGCGGUAGUGCAGCGAACCCACUCUUAUUAAACAGUCGCGGCUAUGGUGCGGCGGUGCUUCGGCGAUUAAAAUGCCGUGCAGCGGUGUUUCGGCGGUAGAGCAGCUAACCCACUUUUACGUAAGCAGUCGCGGCUAUGGUGCGGCGGUGCUUCGGCGACCAUAAAAAAAUUCAAAUCGUCACAGUCAUAGUGCGGCGGCGCUUCGGCGAUUAAAAUGCCGUGCGGCGGUGCUUCGGCGAUGAUUCGGCUAAAUUCUGUUUUUACUCGGGCACUUACUAGGUUUUUAAAAUGGUUGAUGUUAGAUACUAUAUCUAAUCUUGUAAUUUAUGUAUUUUGAAAACGUUUACUGUAGAUACUAGAUUUCCGACGCUGUGCAACUUCGUUUUUUACAAAUUUUUGGGGGUUUUUGCUAUCCUGGUGCGUGGCGAAUGGUCUAUAAGGUCGAAAAAUGCAAAAACACACUUUUUUUAAAUUUCUUAGAUACUAGGUUUUGAAUGCCGCAAUGUUUUGAUAUAGAACCAUCAAUUUAUGGUAUGUAGGGCAUGAGUUUCAACAAUAAAAUGGAUUACGCAUUUGAAAAUAAAAAUCUAACCGGUAUUUUCGAAUACCUAUCUCUAUAUAAGGAAAUAAUUAAAAUUUUGUAUAUUGUUUUUAGAAUAAAAUUACAAACAAAAUAAGAGAAAAAAUUAGUACGCGCUUUGUAAACACAGCGACAUAUUUUAUUCUUGUAAAAUUGAAAAAUGAAAUUAAAAAUGUAAAAACCUUGAAUGGCAUACAAACAAUUUUGUAAUUUUUGUAUAUAUUAGUAAUAUCCCUGUACGUGUAAAUGACUGUGGACAUUGUGAUAAAAUAAAAAAUGUAAAUAUUAACUAAAACAAAUAAAAUUGAGUAUUAAUACUGUG